GCUCUGUAGCCGAGCGUGCGCGAAGGUGAACGAGUACCGACGGAAACGUGCGAACAUAGAGGUUCGUGCUGCCGAACGAACGAACGGUCAGGCAGUGUCGAGCGGUUAUUGUAAACGCGAUCAUCGCGUAUUUUACCGCUGACAUAAAAUAGUGAAAUAGAUGUGCGCUCGCGCGUGUUUACGCGGCUCGAAAGAGAAAAAAAGACAGAGAGAUAAAGAGUAGGUGGAUGGGUAGAGUGGAGAGUGAGAACAAGAGAAAAAGAAAGAAAGAAAGGAGGAAGAACGAAGGAGAACAAGAGAAAGAACAAGGGAGAAGGUUAGAGAGAGAGAGAGAGGGGUAGAAAAAAUCGAAACGCGUGUGUGCAUGAAGAUUGGCGUGAUAAAGACAGAAGAGCGUUACGGAAUCCCUGAUAAACCUUUCUUAAACUUCUACUCAUUCGAAUUAUUCAAUUGGAAUUCGUGCACUGUUUGAGACGGAGAAAUAGAGAGCGUUUGACGGAAAAUUCGAACGAAAAUUCGAACACUGUUGUGUGAUCUUCACGUAUUAAUUGUUAUUUCAUUGGUGUUCAAGUUUUAUUUUCCGCCGUUACAUCUAUACGUGUUGGAUACAUAAUAUUUGAAGAUUAAAAAGAAGAAAAGUAAAGAAAAAAAAAGAAAAAAAUAGAAGAAGAGUGAAGAGAAUUCAAGAACGGAGAAGUGGAGUGGCAAUCUCGUUCGUUGCUCCGUCGGACGUGUACUCGAGUGUCAACUGCACACAUACAUCUAAGUAAAGAAAGAGUAUGUGUGUUUAUAUGUGAGUGAGUGAGAGAACGAGAACAAGAACGAGAGAAAGAGAGAGUACGGAAAGGUUGUGUACAUACCGGGUGUCUCGAAAGUUAACCCGGUCAGUAUUUUGUAAGUACUGCUUAUGAGAUUGUUGUGUCGUCGUUUCUCGAAGCAGCGGAUGAUAAUGAAGACAACGACGACGAUGAAGAUGAUGAAAGGUGAAAGGACAAAUCCAAAUACGAGGACGACGAGGACGAAAACGACGACGAGUAGCUCAAGGGGUCUUGAUUGAGCCACUGACAACGAAUUUGUUCUCUCUCUCUUUCUUUAAAGUGAGAAGAAGAGACGUUAUUCUUGUGUGUCCCAAAAGUAUAAUAACUCUCUCUCUCUCUCACUCUCUCUCUCUCCCUAUAGUAAUAAGUGUAAUAAUAGAAGAUAGAGAGAGAGAAAAUAAUUGUUCUAAAAUAGAAGAAUCGAAGGAAUAAGUUAAACAAUAAAGGAUCCGUGGAUAAGAGAGUCGUCGCGUCGUCGACGGCGACCGAACGGAUCGCACCGUCGGUCCCGUCGCCGCGACGGAACGAAUACACCGUCGUAUUCGUGUGCGACGGACGUGUGUUGCUAGUGGUAGUAGAGUAGUAUUGGUGCUGCUGCUGCUGCUGCUGCUGCUAGUAGUAGUAGUAGUAGUAGUAGUAGUAGUAGUAGAGUAGUAGGUAGUAGUAGUAGUGGUGGUGGUGGUGGCGGUGGUAGUAGUUGCGGUGGUGAAGCGAUCGUUACUAGCCUGAGCAACGCCAAGAGCAUCGUCGUCGUCGUCUCGUGGAGUAGCGACAGUGGCAGCGUCGCCAGAGAAAUAGUAGUUGUAGUUGUAGCAGUAGUUUUAGUGUAGUAGAGUCCUAGUGGAAGAAGAAGAAGAAGAAGAAGAAGAGGAACGAGAAAGUGGGGGAGGUGCUAAAGGAAGAAUAGAAGAGAAUACAGGCCGAGCAAGAAAGAGAGGAAGAGAUACAACAGUGUGCUAGUUGUAUUCCCAAGUAAAAGGAGAAGGAAGAAGAAUAGGUAGAGGUGGGAUUUGCACAAAUCCGGUCCGUCGGUUGGUGGUCAUCGAAACUAACUUGGACGAAGGUCCACGAAAGAGAAGAAGGACCAUUCUUGAGGAAGUAAAAAGAGAUAGAAGAGCAGCAGCAGGAGAAAAAGAAGAAGAAAAAAAAGACGAAGAGAAGGAGGCGGAGGAGGAGGCGGAGGAGGAGGAAGAGGAAGAGGAGGAGAGAAGAGAAGAGGUGAAAUAUCCUCAUCGCGGUUUUCCCCGCGUCAGAGAUCUCUUCGAGUAUGCAGGUGGCAACGCUGUUCAGGGAGAGCGCCACCCUGCUGGGUGCCUCUACCUUGGAUCCCCCGCAGACACACCACCAUCAGUCCGUGCAUCAGCAACAGCAGAUUCAGCAACAGCAUGCCGCCGACUUGCAUCUUAGUCACCACAUGCAUCACUACAAGAUGUCGUAUCCGUCGCCUGUGCAGAACGGGGUUCAAAAUGGGGCGUCCAUGAAUUGUUCUCAGGGUGUGUUGGUGAAGCAAGAGGCUAGGGACGACGGUUACGAGACGAGUCCAGAUCUCGAGAUGAGAAGCACCGGUGGUGACAGCAGUCAGCAGUACCACACACCGCUGACACCGCACACGCCGCACACACCGCACACCCCGCACACGCCCCUCACGCCCGUAUCGGCGACGGCGCAUCAACCCCAACCACCUGGCUCGACCGCCUCCACCCUAGGACAGAUGGCAAUAAAAUGCGAGACACCAGUGGAUCCAUACUCUUUCGUAGACGAAGACAUGUCGAUGGGUGGUAUGAGGUCCGCGAGCAGUCCUGGUGGCAAUCCUGAGAGCAUGACGUGUCCGGGCGGCGUCCAACCGGGUCUGGUUACACCCACGUCGACGCCACCCGGUCCUCUCUCCAGUCAGCAACAUCAUCGAAUCGAUCUCGUACUGAAUGGUGCUGUGAAUACCCAGCUAGUGCAUCAACCGAAGAAAAGAGGAAGAAAGAAAAAAUCCGAAAUGAUAUUAACACCCGAAGAAGCUGAGCUUGCGGAGGCGAAAAAACGCGCGAAGACGUAUAAAGAAAGGAAAAAACAUGACAGGUUUGACGGAAUGCCGGAGGAGGAAGUGAGUAAACGCAUUCUUCCGGAUCACCUAACGAGCAACCUGGACAUCAUCAUAAUUGGGAUCAACCCUGGAUUAUUUGCUGCAUAUAAGGGGCACCAUUACGCCGGACCCGGUAAUCAUUUCUGGAAGUGUUUACACCUUAGUGGACUAACGCCUGAACCAUUGACCGCCGACGAUGACUACAAAUUAUUACGACUCGGUAUUGGCUUCACGAACAUGGUGGCACGUGCCACUAAAGGAAGCGCAGAUCUAACGAGAAAAGAAAUUAAAGAAGGUAGUCAUAUCUUGUUAGAGAAGUUGCAAAAAUACAAACCAAAAAUCGCCGUGUUCAACGGGAAAUUGAUUUACGAAGUCUUUUCGGGAAAGAAAGAAUUCGGAUUUGGUAGACAACCGAACCUUGUUGACGGUACAAAUACGUACAUGUGGGUUAUGCCAUCGAGCAGCGCGAGAUGUGCACAAUUACCACGAGCAGCUGACAAGGUGCCAUAUUACGCAGCUCUUAAGAAAUUCCGUGAUUACUUGAACGGUACGAUCGCGCAUUUGGAUGAGUCAGACAUUGUUUUUGCCGAUUCGAAACUUAAGAAGAAAGAGCAAGACGCGAUCGAGGAUAAGAAGCAAAUCUACUCGGAUGAUUUGACACACGACGGUGAUAUAAAGAUGGCAGAAAUGAAUGGUAAUUCUAUAAAACAAGAAUCAGGUUUGAUACCGGGUAAAAAGAAACGGGGCAGACCUAAAAAAAUAAAAAAUCCGGAAGAUCAACCGCCUCCGGAUCCGGAAAAAUUAGAUGCCAAUGGGGAAGUAAUUAAGAAACGUCGAGGACGGCCGAAGAAAAUCCAUCAACAACAGAAACAACAGGAACGAGAAAAUAGAGAAAGGGAACAGCACCAACAGCAGCAGCAUCAAGUUAUGAAUCAUUUGAGUAAUCCUUAUAACAAUGGCGUACCUAAUUGUUUUUCACCGCCAAUGAUGUCACCUCCGAAACCUUUCGGUCAUAUGGCACCGUACGCGCAACCACAAAUGAACGAUACCGGUUUCUUUGGGCAGGGUAUGAAUGACACGCCCUAUAACAUGAGCUCGAAACAAAGUCCUGUACAUUUGCAACAUUACAGCCAAAGUCCUAAAUCUAUGACCCUUUCUUUCACACAUUCUGAUCUGUCCUCAGAGAUAAAUACCGCAAUUUCGUCGGAAAAUAAUUUAGAACCAUCCCCGUUAACGUCGCCGAGCGUGGAUCAUCCGGAUUUCGAGCCACCGACAAGUAUGUCCCAACAAAAUAUGGGGAACGAUCAUCGACAAUACAACGCAUCUGGUAACGGUGAUAAUCCGAGUCAUCAUGGUAGUCCAGGAACACCAUCGCACAGUGGAUAUACGAGCUACAUGGGUUAUCACGAUCAAACACCGGAUCCUCACAAUCCGCAUCAAACAACGUCGACGCCUCUGAGCCAGUGUGAUGAACAAUCCCAUCACUCCCAUCAGACACCGCCGCAUACCCAUUCGCACACUCCGACUCAUUCUUCGAUGUCACCUCAUCAUCAUCCGCACGAGCAAUACGGAAUGAAACGGAACACGGGACAAGACAUGUCAUCAAAAAGUCUGAGCGAUCUUGAAUCUUUGGUAGAUCAGAUACCAAGUAUAGCCGACGGCGGAAGUCAGCGUCUUCAACACUCGCAUCCAAAUAUGUCGGACGAUUCGCUCGUUGAGAAAAUGGACGGUCAUCAUCAGUCAUCCUAUUUACCAGGUUUUGGUGGUAUGCCCGUAGGCGGUAUGUCAAAUUACAGUCCACCUUUACCACCUGGUAAUGGUUUAUAUCCAGGCUCGUUACAUCAUUCGCCUGGAGACGGUUACGGUGGUCUAUAUGGUAUGAAUAGUCGACAUCAAGCGGAAUCUCAGCAACAGCAGCAGCAACAACAACAACAACAACAACAACAACAACAACAGCAGCAGCAGCAGCAACAACAACAACAGCAGCAGCAGCAACAGCAGCAGCAGCAACAACAACAACAACAACAACAACAGCAACAACAACAACAACAGCAGCAGCAGCAACACAGUAAAUCGUACACGGUCGAGAAUCUAGCAUCGAGCAACUGUUCACCUAGCAUGGGUCACGCUCAUCCCGCAAACUCUUACCCAAAUAUUAUACCUGGACCUCAUUAUGCUGUACCAAUGGGCUCGACUAACGGCUAUCUCUUCAGUGGCCUCGAGUCAAGCCUGAUGCAACGUACUUACGGGAUGAGCGGUAUGAGUGGCAUGGGUGGAAUGCUACAUAAUCCUUAUCCGUACAACGGUACGUACCCGAGUACCUUUGAUACCUAUGCGGCGCCACCAGCGGGCAUUCACGCGCCCAGCGCAAAUUAUCCUGGGUAUGCCGGCGCGGGUAGCGCCAUGCCUGCUACCGCCACUUCGCCACCUUAUCUCCCGUCGCAUCAUAGGCCACCAGUUGACCUAACCUACGACGCUGUAUGAUAAUCGAUGUAAAGCUAUUGAUGAUGAUGAUGAUCGCCUCAUCGCGUAUCGAUAUUAUCUUUUCUACGUAUUUUUACACGUUUAGAAUUCGUCGGCAUUGCCGUCUCUUUCUAUCUCUCUCUCUCUCUCUCUUUCUCUCUCUUAUUCUCUCUCAUUCUCUCUUCCUAUUCUAUCUAUAUCUAUCAAUCUUUCUCUUUCUAAUAUGAGUCACAUCAUGCAUAACAUUGCAUACUUGCAUAAGAAGACCUCUAUUUAACAACCCUCGCCUAUUGGAUCGACGUUCUUAUCCUACUGACUAUUGUCAUCUUUUUCAUAGAUCGAUUUAUUGAAAUGGAACAGCAUGUUUCCUAAUUAACAUACGCAAUGUUCCCAUAAACCAAAUGUUAUGAUUUAGUUUUUCUUUCCUUUUGUUUUUUUUUUAUUUUUCUUAUUUUUUUUUUUUUAUCUUUCUUUCUACAGCACUACCGAAUAUCAUUUUAUCCCAAUUACAUUAGAAUUAGAAUGUUCAUUUCUAUAAUAACUAAAUACACAAAUUUCUAAAUCCAAUUCCUAUAUAAUCCAAUAUCCUAAAACCCCAUACGCGCAUUACACAGUUCAUUUGAUUGUUUUCAUAUCCCCGUAUCUUUGACUCUUCUUUCUUCUCAAAAUAUUUUUCUUUCUUACUUUCUUUCUCUCUUUCUCUUCCUCUCUUUUUCUU